AUGUCAUCAGUAAAAGUAGCCGUAAGGGUUCGCCCAUUCAACAACAGAGAAAUAUCGAGGGAGUGCAAAUGUAUCAUAGAAAUGGCUGGAUAUACCACAACAAUUGCAAAUCCUAAAGCACCUCCAGGAACAAAAGAUGCAAUCAAGAGUUUCAAUUAUGAUUAUUCUUACUAUUCACAUGAUCCUACUGAUCCAAAUUUCACCACACAAACUAUGGUUUAUAGAGAUAUCGGUGAAGAAAUGUUACAACAUGCUUUUGAGGGUUAUAAUGUUUGUAUAUUCGCAUACGGACAGACAGGCGCGGGGAAGUCCUACACCAUGAUGGGGCGUCAAGACGAGGAAGGUCAAGAGGGCAUCAUACCCCAGAUCUGUAAAGAUUUAUUUCAUAAAAUAAAGAAUACUACUAAUGAAGAACUGAGAUAUUCUGUAGAAGUAAGUUAUAUGGAAAUAUACUGUGAAAGGGUUCGUGAUCUUUUAAAUCCUAAAAACAAGGGUAAUUUACGAGUCAGGGAACACCCACUUCUUGGGCCUUACGUUGAAGACUUAUCUAAACUCGCUGUUACAAGUUAUGAAGAUAUCCACAAUUUAAUAGAUGAAGGCAAUAAAGCAAGAACUGUAGCUGCUACCAAUAUGAACGAAACAUCCAGUCGAUCGCAUGCAGUUUUUACUAUAUUCUUCACUCAACAACGCUACGAUAAUCUCACUUCAUUAUCGACGGAAAAGGUGAGCAAGAUAUCGCUGGUCGACUUGGCCGGGUCCGAGCGCGCGGACUCGACUGGAGCCAAAGGUACGAGGCUCAAAGAGGGUGCUAAUAUUAACAAGAGUUUGACCACUCUCGGAAAAGUUAUAUCUGCCCUUGCUGAAAUAGCAACGAAGAAAAAAAAAAAGGAAAAUUUCAUACCGUAUCGUGACUCCGUUCUCACUUGGCUUUUAAGAGAAAAUCUUGGUGGUAAUUCUAAAACUGCUAUGAUAGCAGCUAUAAGUCCUGCAGAUAUCAACUAUGAUGAAACUUUAUCUACAUUAAGAUAUGCUGAUAGAGCGAAACAGAUAAUGUGCAAAGCUGUUGUCAAUGAAGACGCCAAUGCCAAACUUAUUCGAGAACUUAAAGAAGAGAUCCAGAGGUUGAGAGAUCUUUUGAAGGCGGAAGGAAUCGAAGUUCAAGAAGGAGAUGAUGGUACGAAAGUCGUCAAGCCUGAAGGUGAAACCAAAACCGUGGCUCCUUCAUCUACUAUUGCUGAGGAGGCAGUCGACCAAUUACAAGCUAGUGAAAAACUGAUUGCAGAAUUGAAUGAAACAUGGGAGGAAAAACUGAAGAGGACUGAAGAAAUUCGACUGCAAAGAGAAGCUGUUUUUGCUGAAAUGGGGGUUGCAGUUAAAGAAGAUGGUGAUACUGUCGGAGUCUUCUCUCCUAAGAAGACACCCCAUUUGGUAAAUCUGAACGAAGAUCCAUCAAUGUCCGAAUGCUUGCUGUAUUACAUCAAAGACGGACUAACGCGUGUAGGAAGCGGUGAAGCGAACGUUCCCCAGGACAUUCAACUCAUCGGUUCUCAUAUCCUCGGAGAACAUUGUAUAUUCGAAAACAAAGAAGGAGUUGUUAUCUUAAAACCUUUUCCUGGAGCAGACACCUAUGUCAAUGGCAGGCAAGUUUUCGAACCUAUUGCAUUGAAAACUGGCAACAGAGUUAUUCUCGGAAAAAAUCAUGUCUUCCGAUUCAACCAUCCCUCCCAAGCUCGAGAACAAAGAGAGAAGUAUAUAAAUAAUGAAUUGAAGGAAGAUAAACCAGAAGUUAUCGACAAAUCUUCUCCGGCCGAAACCCCUAACAAUUCCGAAAUAGUGGAUUGGAAUUUCGCACAAAUUGAGCUUUUAGAGAAACAAGGUAUUGACUUGAAACAAGAAAUGAACAAAAGGUUACUUGCACUUGAAGAGCAAUAUCGUAAAGAAAAAGAAGACGCUGACCAAAAAUUUGAAGAACAAAGAAAGAACUACGAAGCCAGAAUUGAUGCCCUCCAAAAACAGGUCGAAGAGCAGAGCAUGACGAUGUCCAUGUACAGUUCUUAUACACCAGAAGAUUUCAAUCAAGAAGAAGAUAUUUUUGUUAAUCCUUUGUUUGACGCUUGUAACUGGACUGACAGAGAAUACCAGUUAGCUUCUUGGGCUUUCAGGAAAUGGAAAUACCACCAAUUCACUUCAUUAAGAGAUGACUUAUGGGGAAAUGCUAUAUUUUUGAAAGAAGCAAAUGCUAUAUCUGUUGAGCUGAAGAAAAAAGUUCAGUUUCAAUUCACCCUCCUAACGGAUACUUUAUAUUCUCCUUUGCCUCCCGAUCUUAUACCUACUGAUGUUGAUGAUGAUCUUGAUCGACCGUAUCCAAGAACUAUUGUUGCUGUUGAAGUAUUGGAUACUAAAAAUGGCGCUACUCAUUAUUGGUCUCUGGAGAAAUUGAGGCAAAGGCUUGAAUUGAUGAGAGAGAUGUAUCAUAAUGAAGCAGAACUUUCUCCAACUUCUCCCGAUUACAAUAUCGAAUCAUUGACCAGAGGUGAUCCGUUUUAUGACAGAUUCCCGUGGUUCAGAAUGGUCGGCAGGGCAUUUGUUUAUUUGAGUAACUUACUUUAUCCCGUUCCUCUUAUUCACAAAGUUGCCAUCGUGAAUGAGAAAGGUGAUGUGAAAGGGUAUUUGCGGAUCGCUGUUCAAGCAAUUAUUGAUGAUGAAACAAUUGACCAUUCGAGUGGUGUUAGACAAUCCGCUAGAAUAUCAUUCCAUGAUGAACAGUUAUUGCAAGACCCACCUCGUGGAAAGAAAGCACUAGUUGAGAGAGUUGUUGAAGGUCAAACAGACAAACCAGAAGAUAUAGAAGAUGGAGACAGCGGGAAAGGAGAAAGUUGCGCUGACAUCGAAGAAAGGGAGGAUGAACCACCAGCACACUUACCAAUCGGGUCAGAUUUUACUUUUAGGGUGACAGUAUUACAAGCCGUUGGAAUACCAGCAGAAUACUCGGAUAUAUUUUGUCAAUUCAACUUCUUGCAUCGUCAUGACGAAGCCUUUUCGACUGAACCAGUUAAAAAUACUGGAAAAGGUCAGCCUCUUGGAUUUUACCACGUUCAAAAUAUCACUGUCACAGUCACUAAAUCUUUUCUUGAUUACAUGAGGGUUCAACCAAUUGUUUUUGAAAUAUUCGGUCACUACCAGCAGCAUCCUUUACAUAACGAUUCUAAGCAAGAGGGUAAUAACGGUGUGCGACAACCUCCUAAAAGGAUGCUUCCACCUUCCAUCCCAAUAAGCCAGCCUGUUCGGUCUCCAAAGUUUGGAGAACUUCCUCUUCCUUGUACAUCACACGUCCAUGCCAAAUAUGAUAUUUUAGUUUGGUUUGAAAUAUGUGAAUUAGCUCCGAACGGUGAGUAUGUACCAGCAGUUGUCGAGCACAGUGACGAUCUGCCAUGCAGAGGUCUUUUCCUUCUUCACCAAGGCAUCCAAAGGAGGAUAAGAGUUACGAUUGUCCAUGAACAAGCUCCAGAACUGAAAUGGAAAGAAAUUAAAGAACUUGUUGUUGGACGAAUACGAACUUCACCUGAACCAGAAGAAGAGGAUAAUGAUAGUUGCGUAUUAUCAUUGGGACUGUUCCCAGGUGAGAUUGUCCAGCUGCCUGGUGAUGAUCGUUGCAUGUUUAGGUUCGAAGCUGCCUGGGACAGCUCUUUGCAUAACUCUCCACUUCUCAAUAGAGUAUCCAGUGGAGAGCAGAUCUUCAUGACUAUAUCGGCUUAUCUUGAGUUGGAGAACUGUGGAAGACCUGCUAUCAUAACGAAAGACUUGAGUAUGGUUAUCUAUGGUAGAGAUGCAAGAACCGGUCCUAGGUCAUUGAAGCACCUCUUCUCCGGAGCUUAUCGCAACACGGAAGCAAACAGACUCUCCGGAGUUUACGAGCUCGUCCUCAAGCGUGCAUCUGAAGCAGGUAGUCCAGGAGUUCAAAGGCGCCAACGCAGAGUACUAGAUACUAGUUCGACAUAUGUCAGGGGUGAAGAGAAUUUGGACGGAUGGAGGCCAAGAGGUGAUAGCCUGAUUUUCGAUCAUCAGUGGGAGCUGGAGAAACUCACUCGACUGGAAGAAGUGGAACGAGUGCGACAUACUCUUCUCCUCAGGGAAAGGCUCGGAAUUGACAAGACUCCGAUCAGUAAGAGUGAGAAAGAGGUAUGUAACAUGGUUGCCAAAGCGACGGGAUCCGAUGGCCGUGGAAGUCCAGUUCGUGUAAGGCCUGUAUCCCGCGAUAUUUAUGAGCCUUGGGAAAUGACCGACCGGGAAAAAGAAAUUUCUACAAAAUUCAUCAAACUUAUUCAAGGAAGAAUACCAUCCAAAGAAUUACCUAAGAUCGGUGGUGAUGUUUCUCCAUCGUAUGAAGUUUCUGAAAUGAACACGAGUAUAUCAACUAACAUGACAACAUCAUCUUCAGCAUCAGAUUUGAUAUCUCCUGAAAGGUUGACAAGGCCUAUUAUAUUGCCCGAGCAAGUAAGCUAUUCUUUGGGCAGAAACGAAACUGCUAGUCCAUCAGAGCAGUCCCUUAUUCUUUACGUCCCGGAAGUAGAAGAAAUUAGAAUCAGUCCUGUCAUCGCACGCAAGGGUUACCUUAACGUACUUGAACAGAAAACAAAUGGUUGGAAGAAGAGAUGGGUGGCUGUGCGAAGGCCGUAUGUAUUUAUAUUUAGAGAUGAAAAAGAUCCUGUUGAGCGAGCUUUGAUCAAUCUCACCACAGCUCAGGUUGAAUAUUCAGAGGAUCAGCAGGCCAUGGUCAAAGUGCCAAACACUUUCAGUGUUGUGACUAAACAUAGAGGAUAUCUAAUGCAAACAUUGGGUGACAAAGAAGUCCACGAUUGGCUUUAUGCUAUAAAUCCUCUUCUUGCUGGCCAGAUAAGGUCCAAAUUAGCCAGGAGCGUUCCGCCGACCGCACCACCUACCUUAGUUUCAAUGCCAGCCAAAUGA